AUGUCAGAUCCGCAGCAGUAUACUGUAGGAUGGAUCUGCGCUUUGACCACAGAAUAUACUGCAGCACGCCAAUUUCUCGACAAAGAGCACGACUUUCCGACACACGUUUCCGCUAACGAAAUCAAUGGCUAUACCCUAUGCGAGAUGUUAGGCCACAACAUAUUUAUCGCGGUCCUUCCCUGCGGCACGUACGGCUUGAGCUCUGCAGCAAGCGUCGCGGCAAACAUGCUCAACAGCUUCCCUAACAUCAGAGUCAGGUUGAUGGUCGGCAUUGGCGGCGGCGCACCGACAGCGAAGCGUGACACACGGCUCGGAGACGUCGUGGUGAGCUCGCUCGAGAAAUAUACGGGCGGAGUGUUGUGA